AUGUUGGCAUACAGCUUCCUCAGCCUUGCGGUCUUGGCCGCUCAGUCUGCAGCUUCCAUAUUACCAAGACAAGCGCCAACGCAGCCCAAACUCAUCCCCAUCGCCGUCGGGUCUAUGAGCGUCAACACCUCCCUUAUAUUCACACCGAAUGACGUGAAGGCGAAUCCCGGCGACGUCUUACAGUUCCAAUUCUUCCUUACGAACCAUACCGUCACGCAGGCGGCUGGGCCGGCGAGCCCCUGCUCCCCGUUGCAGGACACGGUCCCUGGAGCACUACAUUCGGGAUUCAUCCCGGGAGCGAUGCUCAAUGGGUCCGAUACGGUUGGAGCUUUCGAUGUAAUGGUGCAAAACACGGAGCCUAUGUAUUUGUAUUGCGCUCAAGGACCUCACUGUCAGCUCGGACAGGUCAUGGUAGUCAACGGGAAACCCGGUGAUCUCGAUGCUUACAAAACAGCCGCGAAGACAGCGGCGGUCAGCACCCCGGGGAAGGAGGUUGCGGGCGGCUCAGUCGGGCGGGUCCCAAUGGCCAAUGCUAUUGUCCCGCCUGCUUAG